AUGGUUUUUCCAAAUCUUCCACGUGGCAUCUACAUUACACGAAAUGUUAGCCCUGAUCAGCCCUCUGAACCUUCUGGUUCUGAUAGUUUCCCAGGCUCACACAUCCAGGACUCCAACAACUUAUUGCAAUCAGUGAAAAAGCCUGAAGAUGAACUUAGUGAAACAGACAGAACAAGAGACAGUGGUGUUAUAAGCACAGAUGACUGUGACAAUAUGGAAUCAAAAGAAGCCAUUGCUGCACAGAUUGAAAUGAUGCAGUCUUCCAGUUUUGCAAAUUCUGAAUUAACAGAUGCUUCACAAACAACGAUUGGUGAUAAUUCAAGAAUUGGUGACCAAGUUCUUUCAAAUUUGAAUAUUUCAUCAUUACACAAUUCAGCAUCACAGGAAAUAUCACCAGAAAAUAAAACUGAUGGUGAAACUGACUCAAUUGCAGAAUAUUUCAAAAUCUGUGAUAACAACACACGGCAAACAUUUCUUGAUGUAAUGCGAAAUGACAGGGAACAGCACAUGUCAGCCUUGGAUAAAAUCAAUACUGAACUAAAAUCUGUAAAACAUCAGUUACAACAAACAAAAUCUGAACACAUUUUGAAAGAACAACAAUUGGAGGAAGUGAUGAAAGAAAUGAAUCAAUUACAAAUGGAAGUUAUGAACCUUCACUCACGCUGCACAGAACUUUCUAAUCAAGAGAAAACCUUACAGAAGAAGUUGAAGACCUACACAAAAAAAGUCUCCUUAUGUGAUUCUGCUUUGAAUGCCAUGACAAACGAGAGGUGA